AUGCAGCUCGUGCGGGCGGUUUGCGCGCUCGCGGCCGCGGCUUCGGCCCUUCUUCUCAUUCUCUUCCUUCAGGCGCGCUCUCUGCGAGAAGGUCAGCUGGCAGCAGGCACAUGUGAAAUAGUCACACUAGACCGAGACAGCAGUCAGCCAAGGAGGACCAUCGCACGGCAGACAGCCAGGUGUGCCUGCAGGAAAGGCCAGAUUGCCGGCACAACCAGAGCCAGCCCAGCGUGUGUAGACGUUCAUAUUGUGAGGAGCAGACAGUGGUGCGAGAUGAUGCCUUGCUUGGAUGAUGAAGGAUGCGACUUGUUAAUAAACAGAUCAGGAUGGAGAUGUGCACAGCCUGGAGGCAAAGUGAAAACUACCACCGUAUCUUGACACAAGCUGUAGUUGAGGCUUCUAAGAAAAGGUGAUGGAUGCAGAUGCUCCACUCCAUCCUUCAUGCCAACAGCUACCUUUCAUAUCUUUUAAUCUGUUUAUCCACCCAUCAAUAAGGGGAAGAAAAGACCUUGUGUAGCUGAACAGAUUGAUCCCACAAUGGAAUGGAUAAUGUGUACUUCUGGACUGAACAAGAUUGUGGAUUAAUUUUGCAGCUGGCAGAAAAAAAAUUCCCAGUGAUAUUAAUUUUCUACAGACCAAAGAAAAAAACUGAAUCAACAACCAGUUUCUGUUUGGAAGGAUUUUGGUAAUGUGAGUUACUAGUGACAAAUAUAAAUGCACAAGUUGACAAACAGAACAACACACAAAUAUACACUGGACACACGUAUGCUGUAUGGCACAGAGAAAAAUAAGCAUUUUAAAGCAUUGAAUUCUCUGUGCUUUUUUCUUGGAAUUAUCAGUUGGUCCUUAUGCUGCAUAAUAAACAUAAAUCAGGUAUUUUUGGAAAGCAUCAACAACCAUGCUGAUGACAUAUGAAAAGGAACUUCAGCAGAAGACUAAUACAUUUUUUUCCAAAGGCACAGAAUGUAUUUAAUAUUUCCUAUGUUGAAAUUUUCAAGAGUUGCUUAUUUAAUAAUAAUUACGUGGUCACGUGCACCAUAAAAAUGGAUUCAUAAUGAGCUAUGUUCUUGCCGAGAUGAAUUUAUUUCCUCAGUGGUCAACUUUCUCUAA